AUGUUGGCACCCCCAUGGCAAUCUUCGUCGCACGUUGUCGUCAUGGGCAAAUCCUCCGCAUCGCAUUUCAACAUGGCGAAUCGACCCUUGCCGUCACUUUACUAUGUGCAGGAUCAGUCCAGUCCAGAAUCCAGGCCCCAGAACAAGGCGCCAAUCACAGACGAGACUUGUCACACGCUGCCAUCAUAG